AUGUUGACUACAAUCUGUUCCCGUGCCGCCGUCGAGUACACAAAAUCCAAGGAUAAGGAUGGUUUGGCACCGGUUUACACAGUUUGUUUGGAGGAGUUGGACAGGGAGUUGAAGUCGUUUGUACCUACAAAGAAGCAGCUCGGCACAGAAGACAGUUUUACCUUGUUUUCGGCUGUUAUCACUGGCCACAAAAAGCACGUUAAAGUAAGGGAAAUUGGAUUUUUUAGUUUUUGAUACUUACAUCAAUUUUUUUCUUAUAAUUUUUGUGAAAAAAGGGUUUUGGCGUUAAAAUUUUGAAUUUGAUCCUUGAUAUUGUCUUUGCUUGCUACUACAAUACCUUCUUUUUAAGAUUUUUAUGAAUUUUUGUUCUUAUUUUUCAAGUUCUUAAUGGAAAAUGACAUUUUCAGAAGAUGAUCAAGCUGAAUGCCGAAGUUAAUGUACAGAACACAGAAGGAUGGACUCCGUUGAUGUAUGCGAUGAGCAAUGGCUGUUCUGACGCUGCGACUGUUCUCCUGCAGUCUGGAGCCAAUCCAUUGGCGUUGAACUACAAAGGGAUGAUGGCUUUGGGAUUGGGGGCUGCUUAUGGACAUUGUGGGACUGUAAGUUCGUUUUAGUUUGGUAAAAUACAAAAAAUUUUCUAUUCAAGUCGUAAAAAGACAAAAAUCUCUAUUUCCAGAUGAGGAAUUUCUUCAAAGUCAUCCAAGAAACUAAAGGAACCAUACACCUGAUUAACAUCAUCAACACCCGAGAUGCCAACUCCAAAACCCCAUUGCAUUACGCGGCCGAAAAUCGUCAUUGGAAGGCGAUCGAGCUGCUGGUAGAACAGGGAGCAAGCGCAGACAUCAAAGACGCCGAGGGCAACACACCAUUACUAUUGGCAGUCAAGACCAAGAGCGAAAUGGCAUUGAAGUACAUGUGCCGAGGCGAGCACGAUAUUCACAUCUGCAACAACAAAGGCGAAUCUCCGUGGGGCAUCUGUCCAGGCCAUCUGAAACCCAUCCUCAUGCAACGCACCACGUGUGGACCAAACCCCGCACACCCAUCAAAUAUUUUCCAACCGGUUGAAGGGGCAUCUGGUAGUACUGACGAGUAA